AUGUUACCGAGGAUGAGUUAUUCAGGAGUUGAACGAAAUGUGGACCCUUACAGUGAUUACGUGAUAUACGUGAAUCCUAUGCAGUAUGAGCGCAUUUGCUUGCGGCGGGCUCAGCGAGACCGGCUUUUACAGAAGCGUGGUCGUCCUCCGCAGACUUAUGUGCCAUUGGCGGUUCGUUAUGAUUCUCCUAAGUUGAAGCGCGGUCGUUCUGAUUUUGAGGCUCCGUCCCAGACAUAUGGUUAUUCUGGCUAUCCGUCACAAUCAUACGGUACGUAUCGUGAUCCUCAUUACGAUCGUGCGAAUGACUAUGCUCGUGCUGUUACUAAGAUGUUGCGAGUGAAUGGUGGUGUUAUGCCGGAUUAUGCUGAUGUUGCAGCUAUGAUUUCAGGUCCUUGUGACGGUUCACUCUACAAGAGUAAGAUGCAAUCACGUAAGGCCGUUCAACCUCGUGCGAAGGAUUACGCUCCAUCCAGUGCAACUAGCCCAUGUUCUAUGUCAACCAUACGUGAUGGUAUGCCUGGUAAACAUUACAUGGGUAUGCAAUACUCAGGUUUACUGGAGUCUUGUGGUGGUGGUAUUGAUCGUUCUAAUUCUGAGAAUUUCGUUAGUGGCGACAUGUACCCUCAGUUACACGGACUGAAUCCUAACAGCAAGCAUGUAGUUUCACGUAUGAUUGGGAUGUCUGAGGGUUAUCCUUCAGCGUCAUCAGUGAUGGGCGAUGGCCAUGUUAUGGGAGGUCGAAUGAUGCCGAACGUUCGUGCGCCUAAUGCCAUGGGUAUGGUUAACACCUUUAGCGGCCCUGACAAUGUCGUAGCUACGACUACCGAUAUGUAUCCCAUGAAUAAAUUGGGAUCGUCGGUGUACAUUAAUGGAUCGUAUUCUGCAGAGACUUAUAGCGGCGAUUCCUGUUCUUCUGAGAGUUAUUCUAAAGACGGAUACGUAUCUCAUGGAGACGGCCGCGAUUAUUACAGCUCUAAUAUAAGUGGUUGCGUUAAUAACGCAUCAGAUUGCCGUGGGGACGGUGUCUACACCAGUGGCGAUGCCCUGGAUGCUGGAUCCGGUCACGUGACGGAUCCCCCUGUGACUGGCGACAUGAGUUGCGGUUACUCUCAGCACGUUGUCGAGGGUGUUGGUGGUUAUCAGACUCAUUCGGUAUCGCAUAGCGCGAUAGCUAAAGCAGCCGGUAGUGCGGUCGCUCUUGAUUGUGCCACUCGUGGAUUGAAGUGUGCAUUGGUUGAAGCGAAUGAUUUUGCAUCUGGCACCUCAUCUAAGAGCACAAAGUUGCUUCAUGGUGGAAUCCGUUACUUGGAGAGUGCUCUUUUGCAUUUUGAUAUAAAGGAACUGCGUUUUGUAUGGAAGGCUCUUGAAGAGCGUGCACACUUGAUUUUUGCUGCCCCCUUUGCUAAUCCACCGAUACCUAUUGUUCUUCCUAUUUAUCAAUUAUGGCAGAUUCCAUACUUCUGGUUUAACAUUAAGGUGUAUGAGUUGUUGGCUCGCUUUUUUUGUUGUAACGAGACAGGUGUUCCUUCAUCUUAUUACACUGGAAAGGCGAAUGCGAUAGACAGUUUCCCUCCUCUCCGUGAGAAAGGUUUACUGGGCGCAGUUGUGUACUAUGAUGGCCAGCAUGAUGAUUCCCGUACUAACCUUCUUAUGGCUCUAACCAGUACUAUUGACAAUUAUGUUCCCGGUCAGGUUGGUGCCACGGUUGUUAACCACACUGAGGUGGUUGAUUUGUUGAAGGACAAGGAUGGUAAGGUGUGCGGUGCUACUGUUAUUGACAAGUGCAAUGGUGAUAAGUUUGAUGUGAAGGCUAAGGUUGUGGUUAACUGCAGUGGUCCUUUUGCUGAGAAGGUCCGUCAGAUUGGUACGAAGGAUGGUAAGGAGAACAUGUUACAUUCUCGUGGUACACAUAUUGUGCUGCCUUCAUCCUAUGCACCUACUCAGUUCGGUAUGGUGAUUCCUAAAACUACGGAUGGUCGUGUAUUGUUUACUCUCCCAUGGCGUGGUGAGACCCUUGUUGGUACCACAGACACUAAGGAUGAUCUUCAGUGGAACCCGUUACCUAAGAAGAGCGACGUAGACUUCAUUUGCAAGGAUGCGGCUAUUUAUAUGAACUGCAGUGAAGAGGAGAUCCGUCGUGACAUUAAAUCUGUGUGGUCAGGUCUUCGUCCUCUUCUUAAAGGUCUUGACGACCAGCCUGACAGUGAGAAGACUGAUUCUUUAUCUCGUGGUCACGUGAUCCAUGUUGACCGUCAGAACCUUGUGAAUGUAUAUGGUGGUAAGUGGACGAUAUGUCGUUUGAUGGCUCAGGAAUGUGUUGACCGUCUGCUCCAGGCUAAUCCAACUAUUGAAGCUAAGAGCGGUUGCCGUACACGCAACAUGCGUCUGUAUGGUACUCACACUUCUGAAGGGGAGUAUCACAGUCACGAGAUUCGUCCUCAUUUCAACACCCUGAGUACUGAGCUUCGCAAGGAGUUCCCGUCUCUAACUCCUACUCAGGCUAACCACCUUGUUGAGAGUUAUGGUUACAAUUCUCGUGAGGUUGCUCGCAUGUCUGCUGAGUCUGGAAUGCUUAAACCCAUUCACCCCGAUUAUCCAUAUCUUCAGGGUGAGAUAUUGUACGGUGUUCGUCGUGAGUAUGCGUGCACUCCUCUUGACAUAUUGGCACGUCGUACCCGUCUCGCUUUCCGUGACAACAAGGCUGCCUCUGCGUCAUUGGAUACUGUUUGCGACAUAAUGGCUAAGGAGCUGUCUUGGGACAGUUCCCGUCGUCGUGAGUUGCGUACUCAGGCUGCAGAGUUCUUCAGUACUAUGGAGCUCCCUGUAUUCUGA